GCAGAGAGCUGAAGUCAUCAGUUAGCAGACGAGCGCACGGGCUGAGAGCGCGCGAGAGAAAGGGAGAGAUAGUGAGCUGCUCAACCGUGAAACCGUGAGCUGGCGAGACUGAAUGGAGAAGAGCGACGUUUCGGCGGCUGUUCAGAAAUAAAGCGCCAGAGUUUCGCUGAAAGUUCCUCGAGAUGCUGUGAUGAGGAUGACGCGAGGACCUCCUACAUGUCAGGCUCAAUAAAUAAAGUAACCUUCGCACCUGGACGUGUCGUGCGGAAUCACAGUGGGGAAUACAUACAGUCAUUCGGGAAGACAAUCCAACUUUAUCGCCAUGCCAAUUUAAUUCGAUUCCCUCCUCCCCGUAUUUAAGUUUUGCUUACAGUGCGCUGGAUGGAGAACUAACGCUUUCAUUGUUUCCAUGGAAUGAGUGGCUCUCUCUUUGGAUACCUAUCUCACAUUGGCGCAUAUGUGGAUUGCCUCCAAUAUGUUACUGCCGAAUCGGCCCAGGUGCAUUUGGGCCAUUGAAAGUUCUGUUUCUCUUGCGCGCGAGCACAGCUGGGGCUUCUGCCCGGUUUAGGAAUAACCUUUUGAGCAUCGCACAGAUCCAAGUGCGAUAAGGGACAUUGAAAUUGACAGGACAAGCAUCAUUCCCCUGAUUACUAUGCAAUUACAACUGAUCUCCAUUGUUUUGAUCUUGCAUUGUAUGGAAUACACAAACUGUCAGCAUCACGGCUCCAGGCACCGGCUAAACAAACAUGCUCUGAGACCGGGUCAGUCCCUUCUAAAACGCAGAGCCUUUAACCAUCUGAGAUUGACCUUUGUGAGACACCUGGAAGCGAUUGACUUCAAUCAAAGAUGUACCUUGAAGUAGCCGAGGAGCACCUUCCAUUUCUUUACCCCGCUGAAUUUAAGGGUUCAGGGGUGAGCUCCCAGGGAUGCCAGGGAGGCUGUCAGACCUGCUCGGUUUACAAUGGCUGUCUGACCUGCAAACCCAAGCUUUUUAUUCACCUGGAGAGGGACGGGAUGAGGCAGAUCGGAGUGUGCCUGGCCUCCUGCCCUAAUGGUUUCUACGGCACCCGUUCCCCCGACCGGAACGACUGCAUAAAGUGUGGGUCAGAGUGCGACUCGUGCUUUAACAGGAACUUCUGCCUGCGCUGCAGAGCGGGCUCCUACUUGCACAAGGGCAAGUGCAUGGAGAGCUGUCCAGAUGGGCUGGUGCCCAGCGAUACCAAGAAAGAGUGUGUCCCUGCAUGUCCUGCAGACUGCGACUCUUGUCAGAACAGUGACGUGUGUACGAGAUGUGCUUUGGGACACUUCUUGCUGCAGGGGCAAUGUCAUCACGUCUGCCCAGAUGAGUUUGAGCCCAACGACUCGAUGGAGUGCAUCCCGACAGUGCACUGUGAAAUGGGCGAGUGGAGCGAAUGGGGCCCCUGCUCACGCUCAGGUAAAACCUGCGGCUUCAAAUGGGGCGAAGAAACAAGGACCAGGAAGGUCCUGCAGAAUCCCUCUCCAAUGGGGAGCUCGUGCCCAGCUACUUUUGAGAAGAGGGAAUGCUUUGUCAAAAGAAAAAGAUGUAAGCCAAAAGGUCAGCGGCGCGGCGAGAAGAAAAAGCGCUUCAACCUGCAGGAGAAAGAGAACGGCGAGGCACGUCGAGAGAGGAAGAGAGAACGAGAGAAAGAGACGAUCGACCGAGAGCAUUCAGAAAGCCGGAACAAAACAGAGCACCGUCGCCGGAGGGACCAGAGCAGAGACGCUGGAACAGUGUAGAGAGAGAUGCUGCUCCUCACUGCUCCUCUGUCUUUCUUUCCCCUAUCAGUCCAUGUCACCCCCUCACCCUCUUAACCCCUCGCCGAGGGGGUGUUGCUGCUACCUGUAUAAUUUAAACGUAUACUGUAUAUGCACAUGAGAGAGGGGGCGCUCGUCAUCCACACCAUUGCAGACAUUGAGGACGCCCGUACACUUCACAGGGCACCCUUCAGCCCUGUGUGCGCCCGGACCGGUGCUGGAUCUGAACUGUGUAUCGUGGGGCUGGGCAUGUUCGAUGAUCUGUGGAUUUUUUUUUGUUUAGUUUUUUUUUAAGGGGGUCCAGGUACAGCACUGUAUCGUGGUUUGAAUGUAGGUUUUUGAGACAUUAAAGUAGACUUGUUGUAUAAACGUCUUUUUUGGGGGGUGCGGGGAGGGCUGAGUAAAUUAAGAAUGAGCAUGCUUACUGCCACCGCGGACAUUUCCCGCCGCCAGAGGCUGAGAGACUGCAUGCCGAUUGGUGUAAAUGGCUUUAUUCGUACUGGAUGAGCGACAACACUCUCGCUGCAACGUUUUAGUAACUUUUGUUCAGUUUUCUCCGAACAAAGUGUUGAUUUGCCUGUCUGUAUAAACAGGAUCCAAGCUUUCCAUUGAAGCCAGCUGAUCAGAAAUCAAAAGCACCUGUAUGUCAAAUAAACAAUACUGAGUUUGUA